AUGUGGAUCGAUGGCAAACCAGACCAUAACACGGCCGGCCGACAGCACGUCGUCAUUCGGCAAGUCAUGGCCAGUGCGGAAGAAAAGCCGGAAAGGCUCGCAGAGAGGAAAGGACGCGUGGUGCUUGUUCCAACUGAUGGCAGCGUACACUCGGAGCGUGCCUACGAAUGGUACGUGAAAAACGUGCGUAUGCCGUCUGAUUGUGUGAAAUUCAUCUCAGUCAUCGAGCCGGUUUAUACAACUCCUGCUAUAGGUAUGGCGAUGGAAUCACCACCACUCCCUGACAUGGCUCGUGUGAUGGAGGAGAGUAUUCAGGCCGGGAAGAAACUGUGCCAACAAUACAUGCACAAAGCCAAAGCUGACGGUAUUACCUCCCAGGCCUUCCUGCAUGUGGAUAACAAACCAGGAGCCGCCCUAGUGAAAUCCAUCACGGAACACAAAGCUGAUCUCGUUGUAAUGGGAAAUCGUGGGAUCGGGGCCGUGCGACGCACCUUUUUGGGUAGUGUGAGUGACUACGUGUUACACCAUGCUCAUGUGCCUGUCAUCAUUGUCCCUCCAAGUUCGCCCGAAACGAAGUAA